AUGUCAAAGAAAGAUAAAAAGAAAAUUCAAAUCAAGUCCAAAAUUGAUCGGCUUGAGCAACAGUUUAAGACAGAUAAAGAUUAUCAUUACAGGGAUGCCCUUAUCCAACUACAGUACAAACUUAGCUCCUUACAUUCCAGUAGUGAUCCACAAUAUCUUCAGAACGUUCGAGAUUUUGAGGAACAACGGGAUGCGGAAUUAUUGAGGCUUCGUCUUGCGGAGGAAUAUCAAGUUCAAUUUAUUAACAAACAAUUUAAGGAAGAUUAUGAUAAGAUUUCAGAAGAUACGAAAAGGAUUGUUCAGAUGGUGAAGCAGAAGCUUCAAAAUAGAGUUAUAAGUAGAAUAAGACAGUUGAAGGAGGACAAAGCUCUUAUAGACAUAGCAACAUCAUCAUCUUCUACAGGGCAUGUUGGUACUAGAUAUCAUCAUCCAAUGAAUAUAGGUUCAGCUGUGGGUGGUACAUCAAGAGCGGAAAGUGGCUACAACUCUGGGUUUGAUUCAUCAUCAUCAUUUUUCCUGUCAUCAGAACGGCGGUCUCGGAGACACAAGAGAUAUGAUGAAACUGGAUUUAUGGAUAGCAAUGCCGAAGAUUCAUAUGACUCCACAGGAGCGACAACCGGAUAUGGUUCGGCAGGUGGAAGGAAACGGCAUAAAGCUAAAAAUACAUCGUCAAGCAAUGAAAAACAGGAAAAACCGAUUCUUACAGAUAAUCCCAAGCUUAAUAUUUUUUUAUACGGUGAAGAUUUACUUAAACGAAAAGAGAAAGCCAGUAUGAGGUAUUCAAGUAAGGGCUACGAGGGCUGUCCACCAUUAAAACCGGAAGAAGUGAAUGAAGAUCUUGACCUUCUUCGAAAUGCAACUGGUGCAAUACAACUUCAUAAAAGAGGUCAUUAA